CCUCUGCCUUCUGCCCUCCACCCUCUCCUUCUCCCUCUGCCUAUUCUCUCUCCCUCUCCAAUCUCAGCCAGCUGGCGAUUCCCCCUAGCAAUGGCCUACUCCCCUGCCCCGCCGUCCCCCAUUCAUGGGAACGGGGUCCCAGCCAUGUCCAACAACACCCAAUCCAGAGGCCGCUCGAUCAGUCCCCCGACCAGCGUGCCGCUGUCCAAGCGGGACAAACGCCGCAGCGCGCUCCAAGAGCGCCUCCAUGACCUCACGGCCUCCUUUAGCCAGAACAGAGAUACCCAGUUCCGCCAGCAAUUGCAUGCCCUCCAAUGUGAUAUGACCCUCAUCAACAAUGCCGAUCCCUACGAGUCGGGCCCGCUCCCCGACUCCGCGGAUGACAUCUCCCAGCUGAUUGAAAACACCGUCGGCGGGGGCAAGUUCGCCAAGGAGAUGGCCAGUCUGGCCGGCAUGUGGUACUCGCGGUUCGUGCAGGAAGUCAAUCAGGUUAAGACGGACAAGGAUGCGGAUCUGGCGAUGUUGGUGAAUCGUCACAACAACAACCUCGAACGGUUCAAGCACGAGUAUGCGUUUCGAGUGCAUUUCGCGGAGGAGGAAUACAAGAACCUCUCGGCGACCCUUCGGGAACGUCUGGUGCAGACCAUCUCGGGCAAGAGGGCUCGUCUGAUGCGGGAGAAAGAGCAGCUGGACCUGGCCGAUACCAAUGCUCUGCUCCUGCACCCCAACCAAUUCAGUAUCACCAACCCCGCCAGCCCCGGGGGGAUCCACGGAAACCGCAAGACCCGUCACACCCGUCACCGCGUCGACCUGGACGAGCUCGGGAAUGGGAUCAUGUCGGAACACUUCAAUAAGCGGAAGAGGAAGGCGGCGGAUGAAGAUGUGGGCUCGCCAGUGCGCGAAUCGGUCAAUCCGGCCGAGCGCGCCAAGGCGCAGGUGGCCCAGCAGCAGCAUGCGCCGUCCUACUCGAUCAAUUCUCUCUUCACCGAAAAGGAGCUCAGCGCGCACGCCAACCAAGCCCACAUCGCAACCGUCCACUUCUUCUCCACGUCCAAGCGUGCGGAUCAGCCAUCCGGCGCGGCUACCAACGGCAACAACACCGACGCGGACGAGGGCUCCGGGGUCGACGGCACGGGGGCUGAGGACAACGGUACGCCCGCCACCGACAUGGCGCGGACGGCUAGCCAGAACUUCCACGCCACGCGCUCCACGCGCACGCAUGGCAACCACGCCUUGAACGCGCUGGCCGAGCUGUCGGACAAGCCCGCCGUGCGGCCCAACCUCCCCUACAACAUCCUGGCCAAUUACCACGCGCGCCCCAGCAACAACGGCGCGCCCCCGCUCCCCCCCCUCAUGAACGAGGAGGUCGACGACGACUGGGCGCGCAUGGACCGGUUGAACAACAAGCCGGCCGGCUUCGUCGAUCGCGGCCUGGUCCAGCUUCUCGUCGAGGCCCUCCCCGCCGACGUCGACGGGGUUCCGCAGAACCCGAACCGCUUCAGCAUGUUGCAUCCUGAUUUCCCCACUGACAUGGGCAUGCACCUGUACCCUCUCACAAAAGACACGGUCGACGCGACGAGUAACGAGCGUUCCAAGAAAACCAAAUUGGGCUAGGUGACGUCCCUCGUUACUUAGUCAUUCGAAUUUUCGAAUCCGUAUAUCACUGGCGUUAGUUCUAGUCUGAUUGAUUCAUCAUUGGCUAGUCGGGGGGGGAUCAAUAAGUUCACACACAACUGGAUAGGUAGCGGGAGUACUUGAUAAAUACCAUAACGGGGCGUUGGGAUGCUUGAUUAUUGACUGAAUUGAUAUUGGUGGCCAAGUAUUGGCGGGC